CCGUGGCCCAGUCUCACCCCGCAGAGAGCAGGAGCUCAGAGGCACUUAAAACAACCCACCGCAGCCGGGGGCUUAGUCUGGCUUUAGAGAGCCAGUUGCUGAUGUGACUAUGACAGAAGUGACUGAAAACGAUACGUUUCGUACAGUAGCAGCUCUGGGCAUCCAGCCAGCCAGUGACACCUGUACAAGAACCCCCCCUUACCAGACGACGUCCUCAGAGCGCUCUCAGGACACAGGAUGUUGAUGCUAAGCAGAAAUCACUGGCCCCACCCAGUCUGAAAGUACUCAGUCAGCUGGCUCCAUGUCCCUUUCAGUAAACAUGUUGCUAUUUGAAGGGGCAAGUCCCUCCUGCGAGGAAAUGGAGGAAUCGCGCCCACUGCCUGGCUUGGUUCGACGUGCAGGAUGAUGCUUCCCAGACCCCUGCUGCUGUGUCUCCAGGGCCUGCUGCUGGGCAGGUUUACCCAGGCCUGCCCGCCCCCCUGCCAGUGCUAUGAUGGAACAAAGGUAUUCUGCUCCGGGGAGGAGAUCUGGGACAUCCCCGAGGGCCUGCCAGGCAAUGCCACUCAGCUCUUCUUUGUGGAGACCUCCCUCACCACUAUUGGGAGCGGGCUCUUCAGCAACCACAGCAGCCUCGCCAGGCUCGUUUUCCUUAACAACCCGAGCCUGUCCCUGGAAGCGGGCGCCUUUGGGGAGAGGCCCAGCCUCACCGAGCUCGAGGUGUCAGGCAGCAAUUUGUCAGCCCUGAGCAGCGAGGCCUUUGGCAGCCUGCUGGAGCUGCGCAAACUCUCCCUCACCUUCAGCGCCCUCCGAGCCCUGGAGCCGGGGCUCUUCAACCGCACGCCCGGCCUGGAAGCGCUUCACUUGCAAGGGAACCAGAUAGAGGCCCUGCCCCCCAAGAUCUUUUCCCCGCUGAGGGAGCUGAGGGUGCUCGACCUGUCUCACAACCCCAUGGCCCAGGUGCCCGACAGGCUGUUCGACCCGCUCGCCCGGCUCCAAGUGCUGAAACUGAGCAACAUCAGCCUCGCCCGCCUCCCACUCGGCACCUUCCGGCGCCUGAGAAGCCUCCAAGAGCUCUCCCUGGACAGGAACGCGCUGGCGGAUCUGCCCCCGGGAGCCUUCUCCGGGCUCACCCACCUGCGGAGGCUGCAGCUUCAGCACAAUGCCCUCACCGGCCUGCGCCCCUACAUCUUCUCCUGCCUGCCGAGCCUGGACUUUCUAAACCUGGAGGGCAACCGCCUCUCUGCGCUCCCCGCCGGCCUGCUCCGGGGCACGCCUAAGCUGAGCCAGCUCUUCGCCGCCUCCAACCGGCUUGAGACCAUCCCUGAGGGGAUCUUCAGCAACCUGUUAGAGCUGCAGACCAUCGUGCUCUCACACAACCGGCUCACUCACUUGCCCGCUGGGGCCUUCAGAGACCUCUCCGGCCUCACCACGCUCCAGCUGGACCACAACAACCUCACCGCCCUGGCCGGGGACGCCUUCCACAACCUCACCAGCCUGGAGGUGCUGGACCUGACUGGGAACCGCCUGCAGGCGCUGCCCGAGGGGAUCUUCGACUUCAAUGACUACCUGCUCGGCGUGGCCAUGAAGGACAACCCCUGGGUGUGUGACUGCCGGCUGGCCUCUCUUGCCAGCUGGAUCCGGACCUGGUCUGCGCCCCUGAACUCUCAGACCUUCUGCGCAAGCCCUGAUCACUUAAAGGGAUGGGCGCUCCCAGCUUUACCUCAAGAGCAACUGGUGUGUCUGGCUGCUCCAGGCCAGGCAGACUCCUCCUUGUCCCCGGGAGAGGCAGAGACAGACCGGGCCCCAUGCACCUACAGUGACCCCGAAGGCACCGUGCAGCUCACCUGUGAUGCAGCCGCAUGCCACCGGCUAACUGUUCAUCUCCCUCCACAAGGGGCCUCGACUGGCCAGGGACCGGCCUACGAUAGCAACUGGGUCUUGAAUUCCAGCUGUGGCAGAGUGAGGGUCUCGGUUGCCAUCCGUGCAGAGCCAGGAGGGAUGGCGAGAGAGGAAGAGGCUGUUUCUCUCAACCCCCGUUCUGAGCCCUAGACCGGAGCUCUUCCCAAUGGGCUGGUGCCAUUAAAAGUCACAACCGGAGUGAUGGGUUGCUACUGUUCAGGUCAUUUGUCCCCUGCUCUGUGCCUUUAUUGUCCCCGAAGCGCUGUCUGAGAGCGGGGCAUUGUUACGGGAUUACGUGCAUCCCUGUGUAUUGGUUGUAGCUCAAGUUUAAUUAAACGCUAUUCCUAGUUCAGAGUUUCCCACCGUAAAGAAAGUGAGGCGGCUCCCAGGGUGAGGCUGCCUCCCCCGUUCCGGCAGUGCACCCCAGGGCAAAGGGGCGUCCUCGCAAUCACCAAGAUAAAUACAUGCAGGGCUGCAGUUACCCAGGGUGUCCCUCAGACACACCAGCAGGGAGGGGCCUGAUUCUGACCUCACUUCCGCUGGUGUCAGCUGGGAGUGAAUUAUUGAAUAGCCAGGCCCAAGGCACCAGCUCCAAAACGCCAGAGUAUUUAUGGUCUAUAGCAGCCUAACCCAGCAGGGAUGAAGGACAGAGCAAAGGGUUGGGAGAGGCACAGAGAUGGGGUGGGGGGUUCAAUAAGCAAUCCUCCUCUCGUUUGCUCAGCGCUUCUGGAAAUCAGGCCCUGGUCUUCAGCUGGGACACAGGGGCCCCCAAAUGAGUGGGGGGGUGUCAUGCUGUCUGGAGCGGUUCAUGACCGUUUGCAUGAAGCUUGGGGCCAAUUGAGAGCCAAGACCCCAGACUGGCUGCAUGUUCUACAAUUCGAUUUCACCAGCUUGGUAACCGAUGUGAACACCUGAAGCAGUGUAACCGUCUUACCAGACAGUCCCCUUGGGCAAUCCGGUCUGUCGUGCCACCCAGGCAAGACUCAGGGAUAAAUAGUCAGUUAUACCAAGGAUGACACAAUAUUCAGGUUGCUCCCAGUCCCAAAAGACCAUUCACUUACCCCAGGUCAAUUUGUAUCAGAGACCUCACACCAAAGACAGCGCUGGUAGCCCGUCCCGUAAUAAACUAACUAGGAUCAAGAAAGAAGAGAGUUAAUUACAGGUUAAAGCAACAGCUGUACGUACACCAGUGAGUGUCAGUCUGUGGGCUCGUCUGCACUUGCUGCCUGCUGGAGCACUUAGUGAAGAUGCUACCUACGCUGAUAGGAGAACGUCUGCCAUCGGUGUAGUUACUCCACCUCCCGAGAGGCGGUAGCCGUGUUGGCGGGAGAAGCCCUCCCAUGCAGGUAGCGCUGUCUGCACCGGGGGGAUCACAGCGUCGCUCGGGCGGUGGAUUUUCCAUGUAGUUAAACCGACAUGAGCUGGCAGUGUAGCCGAUUCAAAAGGCGACAGGGUUGUAGUAAUCUGGCAGUUCAAACCGUCUCCUAGGGCUGACCCUGGCCAAGCAGCAGGGCAUCUCUUUGCUUAUGUCUACGUAAGGGGACUGUUGCCCCCUUACCAACAUUCAGGGGGGGCGUUUUAGUUGCUAGGUCCCAGUACUAAAAAGGGGGAAGGGUCGAUGGGGAAUCAGGACCCGAGACUGACAGCCCCCAGGAACAAAGGGGAGAGACCAAUGCUCCAGGUCAGCCUGAAUGACAGGGCGGGCCGGCUAAUCGGGGAGUCAGGAGGCCAGGGAGGUCCCGUCCUCCGUGUGAGCUGGAUUUGCCUGGGUCAGACAGAGUGGGGCUGAGCUAAGGGGAAAGCAGGAGGCCAAGCUGAGCUGUGCCAGAUCCAGAGGGACCAGACCCUGUCCUGGGAGCAGAGCUGCAGCAACCAGAGCCAGAGGCGCAGCCCAGAGAGAGCAGACCUGUCCUGGGAGCAGAGCUGCAGCCCCAAAGCCAGAGGCGCAGCCCAGAGAGAGCAGACCUGUCCUGGGAGCAGAGCUGCAGCCCCAAAGCCAGAGGGGCCAGAAGAGCAGCCCGGGGAGCAGGUCAGUGCUGGGAGCAGAGUCACAGAAGCAGCCCAGAGAGAGCAGACCUGUCCUGGGAGCAGAGCUGCAGCAACCAGAGCCAGAGGGGCCAGAAAAGCAGCCCGGGGAGCAGGUCAGUGCUGGGAGCAGAGACACAGAAGCAGCCUGCAGAGCAGACCUGUCCUGGGAGCGGAGCUGCAGCAACCAGAGCCAGAGGGGCCAGAGAAGCAGCCCAGGGGGCUGGAGGCAGAGCAGCAGCAGCAGCCCGGCAGAGACCGAGUGGUGCAGCUGGGGCUGGAGCAGUCCGGAGCUGGGUGCGGUGAGCAGCUGGGAAGA